AUGAAGCCUGCGCGUUCUAAGAGCAGAAAAGCUCUCACUAUAGAGGCUGAGCAAAGCAAUGCAGCUCAACCAGAGAAUAUUUCUGAAGAACAGGGGCCCCCGAGGGCUCCGCCCGCGAACGAAGAAGCCAUAACCCGUAUGGCCGAGUUCGUAACUGAGAAUCCCAAUAUUUUCGAGGAAUUGGGAAGAUACCUUAAGAGGCAAGGCAAGCAGAAGGUCGAAUCCUCCAAAAGGAAGUCGGACGGAUCUCCUGAAGACUCAUCCGAAGAAGGGUCAGAUGGGAGGCGCCUGAGCCGAAGCGCGUCGAAACGGGCUUUCUCUAAGGCCACCUCUAAGGUAGCCUCUAUUACUAAGGCCUUCUCUCGAGGGCUCUUAGGGAGACGACCCGAGGAAGAGCCUCGGCCCUUGGGAAGACCUGGGGUGGAUUACAUGAGAGCCCCACCCUUCACUGACGAUAUUAAUGAGGAAAGGCUUCCUCCAAAUUUCAAACUUCCAUCGAUACAAUCUUAUGAUGGCCGAGGUGAUCCCGAGGAUCACAUUCAUGCCUUUAUCUCCGCCUUCCGUCUGUACUGCAUUCCUGAUCCCGUCAUCUGCCGGGCUUUCCCCGUAUUCCUUCAGGGCACGGCUCGAAAAUGGUUCGCAAGUUUGGAACCUAGGAGCAUUUCGACCCUGGGGGAAUUAGUGGAGAGAUUUUUUCACCGGUUUAUCUCUUCUCGACCUACAACUAGGACCUCGGCCUACCUGUUGAGUAUGCAGCAGAACCCCGGGGAGUCACUUCGGUCGUACGUCCAGAGGUUCAAUGAGAAAAGUGUACAAAUACCUGACCCUAGCGAACAGGUUACCAUAGCCGCCUUCACCCAUGGGCUCGUGUCCGGGGUAUUCAACACGGGAAUUCAUAAAAAAUAUCCCCGCACCCUUCACGAGCUGUGGUCAAAGGUGGAGAAGGGCAUACAAGCCGAAGACCUCAACCGCAUGAAGAAGGAGGUCCAAGCGGCGCGCCCGAGAGUUGACGCCAGGAAAGGGAAUGACUUCGGCCGAAGUGACGCGAAAGCGGGAGGUGGUUUCCAAAGUCCUGGCCGGGACCGCCGCAGCGUGUUCGAUAGGAUCUCCAAGGGGAAAGCCCCCAUCCCUGAGUCUGACCUGACCCCCUUGAACACCUCCCGAUCUCAGGUACUCUCCGUCAUGGAGCAACACGACCUCGGGAAGGCACCUCCCAAGAUGUACGGUAGCCGGGAUAAGAGGAACUCGAACCUCUACUGCCUGUAUCACCGGGACAUCGGGCAUGAGACUGAGGAUUGUAACGACCUAAAGAGGGAGAUCGAGAACCUCAUCCGUCAAGGUCAUUUAAAGCAGUUCAUUCGCCGAGGUGACCAACGCCGAGACAACCGCCGUGACGGACGGGGUGACCAGCGCCGAGACGAACGGCGGACUUCACGGAGCAGUUGCCGACCUCCUGAGGAUCUUAGGGAGGCCAAGAGGCCUCCCCGAGACGGAUCAUCAGGUCAGGGGUUGGGCUACGGACCAACUAUCGCCGGGGUGAUCAACACUAUUGCCGGGGGUCCGACGGGGGGGGAUAGUCAAAACUCCCGGAAGAGGACCUACAGGCAAGCCCAUCCGGAACAGGCCGAGUCAAGCUCUCGCCUGGCCGAGGUUAUUACCUACGGGCCUAGUGACCCCGUUCCAGCUGCCUCCAGUAGUCACGAGGCCUUGGUGAUUGAAGUUCUCACCAACAACUAUAUUGUGAAAAAGGUCUACAUUGACCCGGGGAGUUCAGUGGACGUCAUGUACCUGCACACCUUCGAGAGCCUCAAGUUGGCCAGGGAGAGUAUGACCCCGGUGAGAACCCCCCUUGUAGGGUUCGGGGGACACAUUGUGUACCCUGAAGGGAUGGUGACGCUGACAGUAACUGUGGGGCGUCAUCCCCGCUGCAGAACCAUCCCCGUUAACUUCGUGAUAGUUAAAGCUGAUUCGCCUUACAACCUACUCUUGGGACGCCCUACACUUAAUGUUUUGCGAGCAGUGUAUUCCACCUAUCACCUAAGCUUUAAAUUUCUCACUCCUGCUGGGGUAGCCGAAGUCAGCAGCGACGUCUGCGCUGCCCGAGAAUGCUACCUCGCCACCCUCCAGGCAGCUUCCCCAUCAACUUCCGAAGUAGGGACUGAAAAGAGGUCAAAUGUCCUCUCGAUAGACAGCAUCGAUCCACGGCGAGCUGAGGAGGUGCCGAGGCUGGAGACGGGGGAUGAGGUAGAAGAAUUCUCUUUGGACCCCACAAAGCCGGAACAAACGGUUCGUGUCGGCACCCGAUUACCCAACCUUGUCAAGAAAGGCAUGUUGGACCUUCUCAGAGAUUUCCGGGACGUCUUUGCUUGGAACUCGGAGGAGGUCCAAGGGGUCCCACAUCACCUCAUAAUACAUGAGCUGAACGUCGACCCCCAAAUCCGCCCGGUCAAACAGAAAAGAAGGCACCUCGGCCCUGAGCGUAGCCGAGCUGUUAGUGAAGAGGUGGACAAGCUCCUCCCGGCGAAGAUUAUUCGGGAGGUCCAGUAUCCAACCUGGCUGUCCAACCCGGUCAUGGUAAAGAAGGACACUGGGGCCUGGAGAAUGUGUGUCGACUUCACUGACCUCAACAAAGCCUGUCCUAAGGACUGCUAUCCAUUACCCAAGGUGGACACCUUAGUGGACUCAGCAAUGGGUUUUGAGAUCCUCUGCUUUUUUGAUGCCUUUAAGGGGUAUCACCAGAUUGGAAUGAGCCCGGAGGAUCAGGAGAAGACUGCCUUUUACACCGAUCAAGGCACGUACUGUUACACUACCAUGCCUUUCGGAUUGAAGAACGCCGGAGCCACGUAUCAACGCUUGGUUAACCAAGCUUUCAAAUCUCAGAUCGGCCGGACUGUCGAGGCUUACGUGGAUGAUAUCCUUCUCAAAAGUCGAACCACCUCCACAUUCCUUGCCGACCUGAAAGAAGUUCUGGAAGUCCUUCGGAGGACACGAAUGAUGUUAAACCCCAAGAAGUGUGUCCUGGGGGUCACAUCGGGGAAGUUUUUGGGCUACCUCGUCUCUAGGCGAGGCAUUGAAGCGAAUCCAGAUAAGGUGAAAGCAAUUCAAGAAAUGUCUCCACCUCGGUGUGUUCGCGAUGUUCAAAGACUGACCGGUCGGUUGGCCGCCCUAAACCGGUUCCUAUCCCAGUCGGCCUCUAAGGCCCUGCCCUUCUUUAAAGUCCUCAAAAAGGCCGACAGCUUCUCCUGGACUGAAGAGUGUAAGCGGGCGUUCGAGCAGCUCAAGGAAUACCUUAACCACCUCCCAACACUCACCUCACCUCGCCCCGGGGACAAAUUAUUUUUGUACUUGUCCGCUGCAGCCGAAGCAGUGAGUGCUGUGCUAAUAAGGGAAGAAGGUGUCCAAACACCUGUGUACUAUGUCAGUCGGGUUCUCCGAGGUCCGGAAACCAGAUACACUCAAGCAGAGAAGCUUGUGCUGGCCUUGAUCCACGCGGCUCGAAGGCUCAAGCCCUACUUCUUGGCUCACCACGUCUGCUUGAGGACAGACCAGCCACUCCGGCAAGUCUUGUCGCGACCGGAAGCCUCUGGGCGCCUCACCAAGUGGGCCAUUGAGCUGGGAGAAUACGACUUAUCAUAUGAACCGCGUAAGGCGAUCAAGGCUCAGGCCCUCGCAGAUUUCCUGGCUGAGCUUACUUUCGACGAGGUGCACGUGGCCACCUCGGCUACUACCCAGGCGCCCACUCCAACCACCCCCGAGAUUCAGCGCUGGACCUUACAUGUGGACGGCUCGUCCAAUAGUGGGGGAAGUGGAGCCGGGCUGCUCCUCGAAGAUCCCCAGGGAGAGGUAUGCUCGUACGCCCUCAGAUUCGACUUCGCAGCCUCAAAUAACGAGGCUGAGUAUGAAGCGGUCAUAGCCGGGCUGCAGUUGGCUCGUAGGCUCGGGGCUGCACACAUCCUGGUCUACAGUGAUUCUCAGCUCGUCGUGUGCCAAAUACUAGGCGAGUACGGAGCCAAGGAAGAGGUAAUGCAACGUUACCUCUCUAAGGUCCUCCAGCUAGUGGCAUACUUUGAGUCCUUCGAGAUCCAAAGAAUCCCGCGGUCGCAAAACAGGAGAGCUGACGCUCUCUCCCGGCUCGCUUCAACCUCUUUCGCCGACCUAAACAAGACGGUUCUCGUGGAAGUCUUGGCCGAGCCGGGGUAUAGAGAAGACAUGGUAUACCCCAUUUGCCCUGGAAACACCUGGAUGGGACCAUUAGUCCGAUUUCUUAACCAAGGUGAGCUCCCUGAAGACCGUGCCGAGUCACGAAAGCUUCAACGUAAAGCAGCCCGGUAUACCCUCCGACAGGGCCUCCUGUACAAAAGGUCCUACCUCGGCCCCUGGCUACGGUGCAUUACUCCGGAAGAAGGCAACAGAAUUCUUCAGGACAUUCACGAGGGACUCUGUGGUGCUCACGUCGGCUUCAGGAUACUCGUGAAAAAAACUCUCCUACUCGGGUACUUCUGGCCCACUAUGAGGAUGGAUGCCCAAGUUAUGGUUCUCUGUUGCCCUUCUUGUCAACAUCACGCCCCCGAGCACCACCAACCGACUAAUCUAAUGAUCCCGAUUACCUCGCCAUGGCCAUUUGAGCAGUGGGGAACUGACAUAAUCGGUCCAUUCCCCAGGGCUCCGGGCAAUUAUGCCUAUGUGGUGGUAGCGGUGGAUUACUUCACCAAGUGGGUCGAAGCCGAGUCUCUGAAGAAUAUCACUGGUUCGGCGGUCCAAAAAUUCUUCUGGAAGAAUGUGGUUUGUCGCUUCGGCCUACCCCGGGUGGUCAUCUCAGAUAACGGCCGGCAGUUCGCCGACAAUCCUUUUAAGGCCUGGUGUGAAGAGCUCGGGAUCAAACAACAUUUCACCUCGGUCGGGCACCCCCAAGCUAACGGACAAGCCGAAAAUUUCAAUCGAACCCUCCUCCAUGGCCUUAAGACCAGGCUCCACCGGGCUGGAUCGUCGUGGAUGGAAGAGCUUCCUAGUGUGCUGUGGUCAUACAGAACCACGCCGAGGUCAGCCACCCAAGAAACUCCCUUUUCCUUGACUUAUGGAUCUGAGGCUGUCGUUCCGGCUGAGUUUAUUACACCCAGCCCACGGAUGGCCGCGUACGCUGCUGAAGUCAACGAGGAGGAGCGACGAGUUGACCUCGAUCUUGCCGAAGAAAAACGCGAUGUGACCGCAGCCAAGGUUGCUACCUAUAAAAAUAUCCUAGCCAGCUAUUACAACGCUCGGGUCAAACACCUAAGGUUCAGCCCGGGAGACCUCGUACUCCGGAAGAACUCGGUUAGCCGAGCUGAGCCCCUGGGAAAACUCAAUCCCAAGUGGGAGGGACCCUACCGUGUUGUUGAGUCCAGCCAAAAUAGAUAUUGUAAGUUAGCUUACCGAGACGGUUCGCGGGUGCCCCGAACUUGGCACGCUGAGAAUCUUAAAUUGUAUUUCCCUUGA